AUGGCGACUUUUACCAAGAUCCCCGAGGCCGAGACGCCCAGCAUCAGCAUCAAUCCGCAGCACAAGAUCUCCAAGAUCAACGACAACGUCUAUGGUGGCUUUACCGAGCACAUGGGCCGCUGCAUCUACGGCGGCAUUUACGACCCCGGUAACCCGCUGUCCGAUGAGAAUGGGUUCCGCAAAGACGUCAUCGAGGCCUUCAAGGAGCUAAACUGCCCCGUCGUCCGCUACCCCGGCGGCAACUUUGUUGCAACCUACCAUUGGCUGGACGGCGUUGGUCCCAAGGACAAGCGCCCCCCGAGACCUGAGCUGGCAUGGCUCGGCCUUGAGACCAACGAGUUCGGAACCGAUGAGUUCCUGAAAUGGUGCGAGGUCGUUGGCACCGAGCCCUACUUCGCUUUGAACUUCGGUACUGGCACGCUUGAUGAAGCCCUCGCCUGGGUCGAGUACUGCAACUCCUCGCAGAACACUUACUACGCCAACCUCCGCCGUAAGAAUGGCCGCGAAAAGCCCUACAACGUGAAAUACUGGGCGCUGGGCAACGAGAUGUGGGGACCGUGGCAGGUCGGACAGAUGACCAAGGAAGACUACGCGCACAAGGCCUACCAAUGGGCUAAGGCCCUCAAGCUGCUCGACCCGUCCCUCGAGCUCAUCCUCUGCGGCCAGGAUGGUACCAGCACCUGGGACUCGUAUGUCGUCAAGGAGUGCAUCCGCUGGGAGCCGCACGCCCUGGGCGGCUCGCAGACGGCGUCGCUCAUCGCCAUGCACAGCAUCCACAUCUACACGGCAGCCAAGGAGCACCUGCCCAACGCGACGGCGCCGCGCAGCGCGGAGCGCGCCAUCGAGAUCACGGCGGGCCUGAUUGACCUUGCGCGCGUGGAGAACAAGGUUCCGCCGACAGUGCCGCGGCCGACCAUCUGCUUCGACGAGUGGAACGUGUGGGACCCCGUCCGCGCACCGGGCGAGAAGGGCGCCGAGGAGAAGUACACUCUGUCGGACGCGCUGGCCGUGGCCGUCUGGCUGAACGUCUUCGUGCGCCAGAGCCGGCACGUCGGCAUGGCCAACAUCGCCCAGAGCGUCAACGUCAUCAGCCCGCUCAUGACGCACAAGGAUGGCCUGGUCAAGCAGACGACGUGGUGGCCGCUGCUGCUGUUCAGCAAGUACAUGCGCGGCCACACGGUCGCCGUCAACGUCGCCUGCGGCGAGUACGAAGGCCCCACCCAGCCCGACUGGAUCCGCGGCACCGUCGAGACGCCCUGGCUCGACGUCUCGGCCGCGAUUACCGAUGACGGCUGGAUCGGCUUGGCCGUUGUCAACGUGCACGAGCAGAAGAGCUUCGAGACCAGCUUGGAUGGCGUCAGGGGGCCUGUCAAGGUGUACACGGUGACGGGCCCUUCGUGGGAGGCGGUCAACGUGCAGGGCAAGGAGGAAGUCGGCAUCAAGGAGAGCGAGUGGGAUGGUAAGGGCAAGUUCACAUUCCCCAAGUUGAGCUUCACGUUGUUGAGGUGGAAGGCUUGA